GCAUGCGUACUGCUUGUUUUCCCGCAUGCUCAAGUGUUAUGGCUCUUUCAAGCCAAUUAUCGACGACAUUGGCGUCUACAUUCUAAGCGGAGUAUACAGCUUGAUUUCUCAACUUUUGGUGUAUAAUAUACUCAAGAACAAUCACGAGAUUUGUGUUUUGUUUUUAUUAAUAAUUAAUCUGGUAAAAUAAUUAAUUAAUGGAUUAUUACCGUUUUCGAUUUCUUAGUAAAUUAAUAUUUUUCUUGCUUCCCUCCCUUUUCCCACCAAUACUACAGUACAGUGCUAUUAAAUUAAGUAAUAUUUAUUAUUAUUACAUUUACUGGUGUGUGCUGAGUAUGCACUUAGUAUUUUUAAGUCAUUAGAGAUAUAUAUUAAUAGAAUGUAUUUCAUGCAAAGAACAUUUUACUUAUCAUAUAGGAUUUAGGCUUAGGCCUAGGUAGAGACUACCUACACCAGGCCUACUUUUUAUUUAUUUAAUUUAGCCUAAUUAAAUUAUAAAUUUUAGUUUAGGUUGAAGUUUAUUAAAACUAAAACAUCAAUUAUUAUUACCCCUGUCUGCUCCUGCUACCCUGGUCACAUUCUCAUCUAGAAUCCUACUCCUAGUCUUAGCAAGUCUUACUUACCUUUCAUCUUCUUACUCUUCAAGAGGCUCUUGUCUUGUCUUAUAUUUAUAUUAUAAUGAAUUUAAUGAAACAUAUGCCUAGUUUAUCAUUAUGAUCAAAUGAUCUUAACUUAGUUUAUAAUUAGAAGGCCUUAAACUUAAAGUUUACAUUUUUACUAAGGCUUAAGAUUUAAUGCAUAUGAGUUAGGGUGGAAAAUAUUUCCGAGGCUAUUAUUGCCAGCAUUUCAUGUUUUGGUUUAGUUCUGCAUUAUUUAGAUUGUGACCUACUACUCACAAACAUAGAGACUAAUUUGUCAAAGUCAAUGACAAUGAAUCCUGUCACUGUUACUCCUGUAAAUAAAUCUAUCACAAAUUCGCAGAGUAUGUUAUUUAACAUUACUAUUAGGCCUAGUAAAAUUGUUGGCAAUCCUCCGAAGACCGGUCCCAAAUUAUUUCGUAUGAAAAAAAUUGCAAUGCACAUUGUCUAUUGUUAGAAAACAGCAGAAAUGUCAGUCAUGGCUUUUGCAAAUAACUGUCAGUUUACAAACCAGUCAGUAAACACUAAAUAUUGUAUUUGUAAUUGGCACAUAACAUUUGCAAAUAGCAGCCGAAAACGUUCUGCUUGUGACUGUUGCGCCACUGAAGGCUCCAAGUAGCUGGCAAACAGACCACCACUAGUACCACUCUGAUAGCAGAGUUUACGUUUCGCUUGCAUCCAAAGUUCUUCAAUAAUUUAUGUGUGAAUGUCCUGGUCUACUGGAUCAACAAAUUCAUGCGCAUUCACAAUGACAGCGUGAGCAUAAAUCUCGUUGUUGAGCUGACCGAAAUUUUCAUAUCCUCCCCCUUCGUCCGUGACGAUAGCUGUCCCUGGUAACACAUGAUUAGUGAUAAUGCGCUCUAGUGUUUGUGCAUCUCGACGGCCGACAACCUCCAUCCAACAUCGUCCACAGCCGCAAAAAUGAAUUUCAAAACAGAAUGAUGCCCAAGACUUUUAAGUUAGGAGUAAUUAUUGGAAAUAAUUUGGGACCGGACUUCGGAGGAUUGCCAAAUUGUCAAUCAAAAACAAAUAACUUAGAACAUUGCAGCGCAAAAUAUAUUGAAAUGGGCUUAUCAUGUAGGUUACACUACACCUUGGCCUUACUAUUGUCAUUUUAUCUGGACAUUUUUUAUUGUUUGUAUGUUGACAAUGUUGUUUUAGGGAUUUUCUUAAAUCAUUUUAAUUGAUUAAUCAACAUUUUUGAUUUGACAAGAUCUUACACUUUAUGUUAGCAGACAUGUCUGAGGAAACGAAUUCCACAAAAGCAGAGUCAGUUGAUGUAAAGCCCCUGAUUUCUGGCUCUGCUUCAAAUACAACUACAACAACUUCACAAAGCUCAGGAGGUGGUGGUACAACAAAGUCAAGUUCACAGAGCCUGGUAUAAAUGACUCUAUAAUUAGCAGACUAUUUGAUUUUACAAACACUUUACUUUUACCUAAAUUAUUUUUGAGUUUCUUUCCUUGCUUAUCUUAUGAUCUUUAUCAAAGAAAUCUUUUUUUAAUACUUGAUAUAGGCCUAAUUAUUCGCAGUUGUAUGUGUUGAAUUUAAAUCUAACGCAUAUUAUGUGGGAAUCUGCUUCUUUUUUAAAAUCAUCCAUAACACGUUUUUCAAAAUAUUUUCACAGAAGCCCAAUUACUCCUUGAAAUUUACACUUGCUGGUCACACUAAAGCGCUAUCCUCUGUCAAGUUUAGUCCAAAUGGAGAAUGGCUGGCCAGUUCUUGUAAGUUUGUAUAAUUCACUUUAUCUAAUUUAGGAUGUCAUAUAUCAUUAUUGCUGUUCUGUAAUAAACAGAGAACAAUCCCAUCCUUUCUGUUUAUUCCGCCAUUAAAUUCGUGUACGCCAUUAGUGUUGUCUUGAAAACGCUAAAUAUUCCUUUUCUGAAGGUUUCAAAGUGAAAGGGUUAAAGUUGUGUUAAUAUUUGUAACUGUCUCAUUCAGCUGCUGAUAAACUCAUCAAGAUCUGGGGUGCAUACGAUGGAAAAUUUGAGAAGACAAUAUCCGGUCAUAAGUUGGUGAGAAUAAUAAUUCAGUGAAUAGAUAAAUAAUAUAUCUGAUAACUUAAGCAAUGAAAUUCAUUAAUGAUUAUAGACAAUUAUAUUAUUCCAUAGUUUAAAUUAAAAAUUUAAGAUACUUACAUAAUGUUGCAUUUUAAAUUACUGAGAAUUAAUAUCAUCUACAGGGUCUAAGUGAUGUGGCGUGGUCAACAGAUAGCAAGUUAUUGGUCAGCGCAUCAGAUGAUAAAACACUUAAAAUAUGGGAUUUUGCUACCGUUAGUAGUUACAUUUUUGCAACACUUUUUUAAAUAGUUAAUUUUGGUUCUGUUUUUGAUUUUCUUAUUUACUAACUAUGUCAUUUGUAUCCUCUGUUUCAAUGAAAAUCAAUAUGGUAGGCAAAAUAAAAUAAAAAUUUUUUUUUUUUUUUUUUUUUUUUUUUUUUUUUUUUUUUUUUUUUUUUUUUUUUUUUUUUUUUUUUUUUUUUUAAAUUUUAGAUGCUUUAUUUUCUUUUUUUUUCUUCAUAAAUAUUCUUAACAGUUUUUAAGAUCGAUCAAUUUAAAUGAAAUAUAGAUUUUACAUGUCAAAUAAGUUGGAUUUAAAUUUGAAAACAGUAGUACCUCAAGCAUUCGCGUUUCCGAAUUUGCAAAAAUUUAAUUGGAACCUAACUAAUUUGCUUUCGCAGAUAUGCGAAAUUAAAAAAAUCCUGAAAAAACCCUGCAGAAAUUUUUUUUUUUAAUGAUUAAUUUUGAAGUAAUUUAUACAUAUUCAAACUUUUAAGUGUAUAAUCGGUAAGAAAAAUUGUGCUAAUUAAAAUGCUAUAAUAUGUUUUCUUAAGGGGUAGUCAAAAACUUUUGAUUUCCUAUGAAACGUUCCUUUUUAUGUUAAGUACUGUGUUGAUGUGAUAACCGUUUGAAUAGUUUAUUCCCUUUGGAAUACUAAUGGUUACAUAAUGAUUUGAACAUAACCUAUUUAAUUUACUAUUUUGUAGUAGUAAAUGACAACGUAAAUUCUACACAAAAAAUAUAAAUUUUCUUCUAGUGAUCAUUAGAAUGGAUACUGUAUUGUGUAUGGGCGAUGACAAAGGCACCAUGAUGACGCCAUUGAGUAGCCAAUCACACAGCAGGGUACCAGCUUUCCUUCUUGCUGAUUGGUUUUAGCUCAGAUUUUUUGUGUAUAAGUGAAGCAGCGGUCCAUUCUUCCAUAUCAGUUAAAUAUGCAGAUGUUGAUAAGUUUUUUUUUUAGGUGUCAAACAUUUUUUAAAAAAAAAGUGUAAUGUGUUACGCUAACUUCUAAAUGGAAUUAACGUGCUUUUGGAGCUUGAUUUGUGUAUUUUUAGGAGAUUAAACUCUAGAAAUAAGCAUAUAUUAGCAUUUUUAGUGACUCGUACCAAACAUUAUUGUUUCCCCUGAUCCGCUACAUGUUCUAGAACUUAAAUUCGCGAAUUUUCGAUCGAGGUAUUACUGUAUUACACAAGCUCUCUUUUUAUCAUGCUUACCUGCUAUAUUAUUUUCAGGGCAAGUGCUUGAAAACCCUAAAAGGCCACAGCAACUAUGUUUUCUGCUGUAAUUUUAAUCCACAAUCUAAUCUUAUUGUUUCUGGUUCAGUAAGUGUUUUUAUUAAUUAAGAUUAUUUGGGGUCAAAUAAGGAUAUAUUAUUGUAGAAGAUUCAUCUUAAAGUUACACAGCAUGCAUUUUCUCAUUUUAAAAAUUUUUUUUGUUGGAAUGUAAUUUCAAUAAAUUCAAUUUAAUCCAGAGAUAUCGAGUUAGGGGAGACAUUUUGCCAGUGUUGGGCUUUUAAAUAACAGAAGAAAAAACAUCCAGUAUUGAAGUCAGUAAUUGUCAGAGCAUGAAUAUAUAUUUAGUUUCCAUAAAGUAAAUAUUGUUUCUAAAGUUUAUUUUCCAAUUUUUGGCUUUUGAUCCUAGAGUCCAACACAGGGGGAGCAAAUAUUUAUGCUUGAUUAAUUAAUUUCAUUCUUGAACAGUUUGAUGAAAGUGUGCGGAUAUGGGAUGUGAAAACUGGAAAAUGUUUAAAGACUUUACCAGCCCAUUCAGAUCCAGUAACUGCUGUGAGUACAAAUGUUCAUGUGAUUGUGAAUACUGAUGUAUAUAUAUUUGAAUAUUUAAAAUCUUUUAAAAUGAGCAGAGAUGACUUGGUAAUGUAAAAUGGGAAUAUGGCAUUUUAUUUCUACAAAAUUUCGAUCUUGUGCUCAAUAAUCUUUAUAAAAUAUUAAACAAAACUUGAAAUUAAAUUUGCCAUCUUAAUUAAACCACAAUCACUAGUAUUGUUAACAAUUAUCGUCUGUUUUUGUUUAAAAAUUGUUUUUAUUUAUUUUGCAAAUUGGUGUUGGAUUUUAAUAUUUUGGUAAUUUUAAAUUGAACUUUACAAAAAUCCCCAAAUCUUGAAAAAUUGAUUGAAUAACCCGCUUAUCAGCUUUUAAUGGAUAUGGACAGUACCAGUAUUAUAAUAGUAAACAAUCAGGAGUGAUGUCCCGUAGAAAUCAAUGUGUACAUUUAUCAAAGUUGUAGUGCCAUGUCUCAUAUCAUGGCUCAUUUAUCAAAGUUGUAGUGCCAUGUCCCAUGUCAUGGCUCAUUUUUCAAAGUUGUAGUCCCAUGUCUUGGCUUGACGAUGACAUGUAAGAAUGUAGACCCACGGGAGUACUAUUUUUAACCACAUCACUACCUUUUAGUAAUAUUUGCCUUUUUUAUCCUGCAGGUUCAUUUUAAUAGAGAUGGAUCUCUGAUAGUAUCAAGUAGCUAUGAUGGUCUAUGGUAAUAAUUUUAAUUGUAGAAUCUUGAACAGUGUAUUCUGUGUGAUUUAAGCAGUUUUUUAACUGAAAUAAGGAAUAACCUAAGAAUUGACUUUGCUUAUCUGAAUCAAACCAUCACCAACAGCUGUUGAGUCACAAGCAACAAAAUCAAUUAGAAUUUGUUAGAUAUCUAAGAUUUUAGUCAUUCUAAAACUAACUUUAAAUAAAAUUUAAUGUUGCACUGCAUCAAAACACUAUAAAUAUAGUAUCAGCUAAUAGAACACAAGCAAUAAGUAUGAUCAAAACACCCGUGAGUUUAAGCAAGUGUCUAAGGAAAUACUAAUUAAUAUCACAAAAAGCAUCCCUUUUUUUUCCCAAUAAUUCAUUUUCAGUAGUAUUCAAUAAAAAUUUAGCCAAACAUAAUUUCGGAGCUUCAUAUUAAAGUAGUCGACAUUCUUCUUUGAUCAAUUACAACUUUAUCCAUUAUUAAUUUUCAUUGAUUUUGUUAAGCUUGAUUUUUCAUUAUAUUUUUAAAAAAAACUAUUUGUGGGAACUUGGGGUAAAUGACAAUACCUUUUAAUUGGGCCAAUGAACCUCAACCUGUUGUAUUGUAUUUAGUGUGAAUUAUUUUUUAAAACAACAUUAAAAAUCCCUAUACAUUUUUCAGUCGUAUCUGGGACACAGCAUCGGGGCAGUGUUUAAAAACCCUAAUGGGUAAGUUCUUCUUGAUUCUUCCCUCCUUUUAAUUUCAGGAAUUUAAAAAAUUUUAAUCAGUGUUUGAUCAUCUCUGGAAAAAUUUAGUCUUUUUCCCUUCAGUAAAUCUUAUGCCUGUUGUUUAUCUCUAUAUUAUGUUUUACUGAAUUUUAUUUUUUAAAUACUCAACACUGGUUUAUUAUGUAUGAUUGCUCAAAAGAUUACAUUUAAUAAUCUCUUUCGAAAAUGUUUUUACUAUAUACAUAAUUAUGAAAUAAAAAUGCACAAAAAAAUUGCUACUCUUCAGAUGAUGAUAACCCUCCUGUUUCAUUUGUCAAAUUUUCUCCUAAUGGCAAAUAUAUCCUUGCAGCUACUCUUGAUAAGUAAGUUCUUAACCCUAUAACUGUCAACAAAUUUCUGUAGCGUCAAGCCAUUUUUAGUAAUUUCAUUUGCUGGUCAAAAAUUCAAGACUAAAUGAAUUCAGAGACCCUUACAAGUAUACAUUUUCUGAAAGUAAAUUGGACAACGUAUCUUAUGGUAUGAAAAGAAUGUAUUUCUACAUUAUGUAUGUUGAUAUUGACCUUGACGGUAACUGUAUGAGUAAAAUUUUACUACUUAACUUCUGAAUUCAACCCACCAUAAAUACUCCAUAAAUUGUUCAAACAAUUUAUAGUUACUUAUAUGGAAAAUUGUGAAAUUGGUGAAUUUUUUCAUUCACUGCCUUCAAAUUUAUGUUAUACAAAGGGAAAGACACAAAAUGAGUUCAAAAAUUCCUUUUCAUUUGAAGUUAUUAAAUCCAUUUUUUAUUAAUUAAUUCUCCAGAACAUAAACAAACAUAAAUAUCUUAUGGGUAGAUCUUCGUGAUCAAAUCUGUAUUUUUCUGUUCGAUUUCCACCGUUUCCCAAACGAAUUUGUAACAAUACGACUAAGCUUAGGGAUAAAAUUCUGACUCUUAUUUCGACAUCACCGCUAGAGCCUAUGCUGUCAUUACUUGCACAUGGAAUAUCUCUGAUAUCUUUGCUUUCAUUUUAAUAUCUUUUAAAUAAUUCCAAUAAAUUCUGGGUUAAUUUUGAUAUCCCAAUCUCCCGCAUCAGACAUUGUGGCGGUGAAAACAUUUGAGAAAAUUUUAUACCCGAUUAAUCACAAAGAAGUCCCUGAUUAAAGCAUGUACUUACGCUGAAAGUAACAGAUAUAGGAAGCAAACAUGUUUAUAGAGAGCGAUAUCCCUUAAACAAUAUACAUUAGAAUCAAUUCGCAUUUUUAAUGAUGAUCUUGCUAUCGGCCGCGACACCACAGAAAGGGGUAUAAUGGCAGAUCAUUGGCCGUUAUAACAUUUAUAGGGUUAAACAUUUCAAUAUUAAACAUAAAAAACGUAUAAUCAAUUUAUAAUUUAGAGGCUGUCAGUUUUUGCGAUUUCAUUUCUAUUUACAAGUUGAAUUAUUCUUAUCUUCUCUGGUAUAUUUUUUCAAGUAGCUGCAUUGAUGGAUUUUACUUAACUGCACUGAAGUAAUUGAAGCACUUUAUUUAGGAUUUUAAAAAUAUUACAUACUUAAUAUAUUUUAUUUCACUUAACAAUUUUUUAUGUAUGAUUGGCCAUUGAAUUAUUAUUUUGUUUUCUAACUUCAGCACACUGAAACUGUGGGAUUAUUCUAAAGGAAAGGUAAUUCAUUAAAAGUUGCCAAAUGUUUACCCAUUAUAAGUUAAUUUUUUGGGACAAUCUGUUAUGCAAUAUAAUUAUAAUGACUCAAAACACAUGUAAGUUUUGAAUUUGUAUGUAAUGCAGGCAUUUUCACAAUGCUUACGUUCAUGGAAAAGUCUUUUUUCUAAUUCCUAUUCAACAGUUUUGUUUAUUAUGAACUUUGUGUUUUUAUAUAUUUCCUCAGUGUUUAAAGACAUACCUGGGCCAUAAGAAUGAAAAAUAUUGUGUUUUUGCAAACUUUUCAGUCACAGGAGGAAAGGUAUGUACCGGUAAAGGUUUUUGAUUACCUUAUAAAGUUUGCUAACAGCAUACACAUAUAAUAUUUAUAAUUUAAACCUACAAAAAAAAAGACCAUUUUAAGUGGUAACGUCUUUGUCUUUUUCCAGUGGAUUGUCUCGGGUUCAGAAGACAAUAUGGUUUAUAUCUGGAACCUGCAAACAAAAGAAGUUGUUCAAAAGUUAGCUGGCCACACAGGUAAAACCCAUGUAGACUAGAGAAUUAUAGCAUAAUUCACACAUUUUAUACGAAGGUGGAUAAAUGGCUGCCUUCAUGCUAAACAGUUAUUCGUCUCAAGAAUUAAGGUGUUCUCUCAAUGACUGUGGUACAAGUCCAUACAAAAAUAGACCAAUGUAAGCAGUACAGCAUGCAAAGAAUAUCUAGGAUGAAAUACGAAGGCCAACCUUGAGUGUGCUGUAAUCAACUGUUAUUAUCUGAUCAGUAUUAUUUUGGGCAUUAUUUUUUUUUUAGUUUGAUGAAUAUAGUAUAACAGAUAAGAUUAUUGCUUCUCACUGCAUGGCUAACAACUUGCUAUGUAACUCUCAAAUAGUCUUGGUUUUCUGCCAUUUUUUUUUUCUCCCUUAUUAGCUACCUUUUCAAUCUUGCUUGUUCAAUGAAGAACAUAGCAGUAAUAACAUGUUAUAUAUCAUUGGAUUCAGAAUUCAAUGAUCUGUUAUUUGAUGCCAAUUAUUGGAUCACAGUUAAUUAAGGUUUUGAUUUAUGGUCGAAAGAUUAGAUUUUUUGGUGUGCAAAAUUUUUACAAAAAUUGUCUUUCCAGCAAUUUUAACAACCCUUUUAUUAAUGACACUUUUAAAAAUGCAUUCCAAAAAUGUAAAAUAAAUACAACUUAAAAAAUGGAGUUCUUUUCUUAAAGAAAAAGAACCAGGCCAGUGUUUCAUGAGAGAAAUACUAUUAUUAUUUGCAAAUAAUAUAAGGGGCGAUUAUAAUUUUAAAUUUAUAAAGAAAUAUAUACUGCAUUGGGUACAAAUAAAAAAGAUAUGGGUUAUGAAAUAUGACAAUUUCUGUUUUCUAGAAAACUCAUAAAUUUUACAAAGGGAACACAUCAAGUCUGUUGUAUAAGCCUAAUAAGUAUUUGCAAAUUAUUUCUUUACUAUAAGCAACCAUAGUAGCUGCAACAGCUUGCAGUGUUAUAAUCAUUCAUAUUGCUGCAAAAAAAACAUUUGCUUUAUCAUAAAAAGUUUGCCCCCACCUGAUUGAUUCUACUAAAUUAAAAAGACUAGAGCUAUCAGAUAUUUUUAAUUAUUCAACACAUGCACUUUGUUUUCUUCUGAUUAAAAGGCAUAUGACUAUUUGCCUAACAUUAGAAAAGUAAUUAAACAAACUUCAAAAACCAAGUUUUUCAUAUCAGUGACCUCAUAUUUCCUUUAUCUUCCCCUUGAAAAACAGGAAAAAACUGAUUUGUAGGGUUGAUGCUGAAAAUUUGAUAAAUGUGUUGUUAUCUGCAACGAGUUUAUGUGCUAAGUUUCAGCUAGAUAGGUAGAUGGGAAGUGGGUCAAUUAGCCGUCUAAAGAUUUUGCCACACAGCCAAAAACACAUGAUAAAAAGCAAAGCUAAUAAGAAGGAUUUAAAAAGAAAGAAAAAGGCUCUCGGCCACUGCAGUUUUCUUCUACUAACCGCAUUGUUGUCUAUGUUAUAUUUAUUUCAAAGCUGAUACCUUUUAUCAACCAAUUUUAUCACAAUCUGAUUAACUAGGCACAAUAGUUGCACUCAGAUUAACUAACCUACAUUAAAAACAACCAUUUAUAUUGUUUAAUGAGAUCUUGAAUCUGCAAGAACCAUUAAUUCAUUUACAGCUAUGUUGUUCCAUACCCCUAUUGUGUUACAUUUAGGAAAUGGGUAUGCUGACCUGUUUACUCUUAAGAUUCUGGUGUCCAAUUUACGAUUUUGAGGUGUAUACAUUGUAUAUACCAUGUGUUUUUUUACUAUUAAGAUAAUGUAUUGAACGAUUUUGUGAUGAUAUUGUACAAUUUUAAAGACUGUGAAAGGGGUGGGAAUGUCCUGUCCUCUCCUUUGCUUGAUAAUUUAAUAUGGUUUGAGACCAUAUUUUAUUGCACAUCCUUUUCAUCUGGUCCAGAAAUUGAGCUGUACAUGCUUAUCAGCAGUAUCAGCAGUUUACUCAGUUUUUCUUUUAGAAACUUACACUGUAUAAGUGAAUAAACUCCUUUAAUAUCCAGUAACAGUUCACACAUUUGGGGGUUUUAGUUGACAAGUCCAAUGAGUGUUACAAAUUUUGUUCAUUAACUGGAAAGUCCAGUUUUAAAAUCAAGUGGCUUAGUUGCCAUAACAUUUCGGCUGCAGUGGUUGUGUAUAUUUACAAAACAUCCCCAGACUUGAUGUCAAUUAAAGUUGAAAAGUGAUAAAGGUGAAGGUACUCUUUAUCUUGUCAUGUUUAGGACAGACUUCAGUAGGUAACUCAGGUCUUAAGACAGGAAUUGCACUGCCAUGAUGAUUGGGUUGCCCAAUGUCCUAAUAAAAUAUAAGCAUUGCUUAAGCAUAAGUAGAUCUUAAAUUUUUUUUUAAAGUGAACAAAACUAAAUGUAUUAUUUAAUUAAAAAUAAGAAAAUUUCAAAAUUAAACCAGAAUUAAUCAUGGACCGAAAAGUCCUAAGCCUUUUCUUGGUGUAUCCAAUGUAACGAAAGGAAAUUUCAAACAACUACGCCUAUGAAAAAAAUAUAAUAAUAAAAUGGAGUAAGACAUUUAUAUAAUGAAGCUUAAAUACUUAUUUUACGUGUUUAUGAAGUCCACUGUUACAGUUUAUCAAUGUAAUUAUAUAUAUAUUUUUCCCCACUAUUUCCACAAUAUUUAUGUUUUGACCCAUCGUAACAGAAAAAAAUCGUAAUUUCAAUAGCUAUCACUCUGGCAAAAAUGCACACAAUCAUCAGCAGUUUUGUCUUUUUCUUAUUUUUAUCUGGCUAGUAUCACUUCUUGACUUGAAAUAUGAUAAAUGUGGAGUCUUUUUAUGCUACAGACCUCUAGUCUAGUUUGACAGAAUUGGCAAUAUGGUGGACGAAAAUCACGUCAUUAACAAAACCAAAAUAAGAUUUUAAUAAAAAAUCUAAAUUAAAAAAUCUAAAUUUAUGUUUAAAAUAAAUAUUUUUAACUAUUUUUUACAUGAAAUUAUAGUUGCAUGUUAAAAAUUACUUUGGUUUAUUAAAAGUUGAGAGAAAAAAAUAAAGAUAUAAUCACUCCUGACCGAAAAGUCAAUGUAAUGUACCGGUUCUUUGAGUUAAAACGCUGCAUCAUAUGUAGAUCAUUAUCUUUAACACUGUUAUUAUUAAGAUGGGAUUUAAAAUUGGUCAGCUUAUAUUAGGUCUAAACUUGCUUUGCAUAUGCUGAUGCUUAACAAGAAUGAAUUGUCCCAUUUACUUCCGGUAUCUUUGUUGUGUGUUAUGGGGUAAACAAUGGCAGACGUAUGAAUUUCAAAUUGUUAACAUGAAAAUUUGUUAAACAUGGCUUUCAAAUUUUAAUUGAGCUAAGUGAAGAUGUUUAUUAAUAUUUAAAGCUUCUGUUAAAGCUUUUGAUCUUGCUAUAUUCUAGGAACUUGUACAACACCAAUUUUAUUAUUCACUGUGUCUUGAGAAAAUUAUAAUAAAAUCUCAUAAGUACCCCACUUAUUCCCCUGAAUUUUUGUAUCAUCUUUGGUAGAUUAAUGUCAUAAUAAAUUCUACCUAUUUAAGUUUUAAUAUUGCUUCGACCUACCUCCCUCACUAGUCUAAGCAUUACGAUCACUUUUUACGACUUACCUCAGUCAUGUUUUCUUUUCAUCAAGUUUUUAUUAAAGAUAAUUAUUUUGUGAUGAGAAUGUAAAACGUUUAUUUUAUUUCCCCAGAUGUUGUUUUGAGUUGCGCGUGUCAUCCUACAGAAAAUAUCAUUGCAUCUGCAGCUUUGGAAAAUGACAAAACGAUCAAAUUGUGGAAGAGUGACACAUAGCACCAAAAACGUUCCUCCUUUGACACAUUUUAAAUUUUAAGGUUUAAAAGCAUUUAUGUCAGUGGCUAUCCUCCAUGUGUUGAGCAAGACUCCCUGUUGAAUAUGUGGAGUAACAAAAACAGUUUUGUUUUCUCGUUGAUAUUCUGUGUGGAAUUUGGGACUCGUUUGGAUUUGGUUCAUGUAAAUUUUUAAAUAUACAUAAUGUUCCAUCUAGCUUCAGUAAUAUUAUCAUUGACAAAAAAUAUAUUUCUAAAAAUGUUUUUUAACCGAGAUUCUUUGACCGGAAGAAAAUACUACUUCGCUAAUUUCAAUGGAACUUAAAAAGAAGGCUUAUUGCAAUAAUUAAGACCUAACUUACAUUACACUAAUUAGUCUAAUGAAAAUGAAAGUCAUUGAGGCUCAACAAAUUUAUUGAAAUCCACCAAGCAUACUUUUAUCGAGCAGCAUUUGUGAAAUAUGGGUAACUUGAAGAAUAACUUACAGAGAAUUUUUGCAUUGGACUAUUUUCAAGACUACAAUUCCACACUCGUAUCAGUUAUUAAAUGAAAGAAGGACGUUAAUAAGCUAGUACUAAAAUUUUAAUUUAAAAAAAUGUGUUUUACUAUAAAAAUGGUAUCGAGUUGACUGGAAACAGAUUACUGGUAAGAACAGAACGUUGGACUCCUUUCAUAAUAGACAGAUGCAUUUUCUCUCCAGUUUAAAUUUAUUCUCAACGAAUAGUUUUAAGAUAUGUUCAUUUGUGGGUUCACAAGAAAAGGAAGGAUGUGCAUUUGUCUUCUAUUUUUGAUACAGUGCCAAUGCUGCUACCUAUUUUCACUCUUGUCUGUUGUGCUCUAUGUUUUGAGAUGAGCUAGGGUGAUGAUCAUGUCACCAGAAGUCUUGAUGACAUGAAUAUUUGUACAAAGUAAUGGUUUGUCCACAUGUGGUUUGUUAUGUUCAUUAACCAACACAAAUCUCAUGAAGACUGGACUAAAACAUUGUCAAAGUUUUACUUGUCUUGGUUGCUUUGCUUUUUUUUUUCCCCUCUUGAAAGUGUGUGUGUGUGGGAGGGGAUACUCUGGCAGCUUCUUGCUUGAUAAAGCUGCUACCAGCAUCUGGAGCUAGAGGGACAGUGGCAUUUUUACUUUGCUAUGUCAAAGUCUCUCAUUGUGUGCUGACUGCCUUGGUACGGUACUGAAUGGUGGGUCAGGUGCUGGCCAUGCAAUGUCAACUCUACUACUACUAAUACUAACUUAUAGAUUUUGUUUUACUUACUUUCUAAAAUGGUUUCAGUCACAAAGCCUAUACAACUUUUUCAUAACUAAAGUAUCUAUCAAUUUGUCCAUGGUACAAUUAAUUCGUCCACUGUGUUGAUUUUUUUAAUGACAUGAAAUAGUGACUGUGCUUGUUAGAAGUGGGCUUUAACUUUAAAAAAAAAAGAAUAUUGACAUGUCCGGCUUGGUGAACCAAGGAGCUACUACAAUGACAAAAUGCUUGAUCAGCUUGGUGAACCAAGGAGCUACUACAAUGACAAAAUGCUUGAUCGUGUAUACAAAUAGGUGGACCGCUGGCUGCACACUUGACAUUUAAUCUUAAUUGUUGUGUAGUAUAACUUUUGAGUAAGUUUUAAAAUGUUGAACUAACUCUUUUUACUGUAUUUGAAAAAUGAAAGCAACUUUGUGUCAUUCAUCUUGAAUUAGACUUUGUACAUUCUCCUUCACCUCGAUAUUAUUAGUUGGGAUAAAUUGCGUCCAUGAUGAUUUAACUUAUGUUACAAAGUUAAAUCAAACCAAUUUCAAGUUUAGGUUGUUUUCAUCUUGUAAGAAUAUUUUUGGACGUCAGGGGUGAAUAAUUCUGGCUAUGUUUCUAUUUAUUCUUUGCUAUAAUAAUAAAACUAUGUUGGUGUGUGAACCUGUUACCAAUGGAAUAGUACCAACAGAUGUCUGUUAUAGGGUUGUCUCCAAUUUACUUUUGUCCAUAAUUGUGUGGUACUAUGUGAUUUAAAAUAAAAUAAUAAAUCAUGAUUUGUGUUAGAAACUCA